AUGUCUCUUAAAGAUAAAUUAAGAAUGACACUAAUUACAUCUAAAAGAAAACGAAGUUCAGAAAUCCAAAUAUCGAAACCUAUAAAAAAAACCUUUGUAAAAAGCACAAUUGAUGUUCCAAUUAAACGUGCUGUACUUAAAGGGCCAGAUGCAUUUAUACAUAAGAGAUCUAUACCUCAUCCUGUAGAUGUUUCAAAUAAAAUAUUUAUCUCAAGAAAAACACUUUUAAUGAACGUCAUCAAGAAAAUAAAACAAAAACUAAUGUCUUUUAAUUCUAAAAGCAAACCUAUUAUUUUAUAUGCACAAUCAGCUGCUAUUGAGCGUGCACUUGAAAUUGCACUUGUUUUAUCGCUGCAAAUACCAUUAGAUAUUCAAAUACAAACAGGUACUAUUGAAAUCGUCGACGAUGUUUUACCAUAUGACAUGGAUAAAAUGAUAACAAGUCAAAUACGUCUAAAUUCAACUGUUCAAGUAAUUAUUUCACUUCUUGAUCAACCAUAA